CGCCGCCCUCACAAGUGCUCCCGGACCAGCCGCCCGCACCCGCCCACACGCCGCCCACCAUGAGAGUACUGGUGGUGUUGUGUGGGGUUGUGGCCCUGGCCGCCGCCCGCAUGGCUUACUUCUUUCCCUCCGGGUACGAGGAUCUGGUCGGUGAGGUGUCGCAGAGCUUCAGCUGCGACGGCCGCCCCUACGGGUACUACGCCGACGUCGACAACGCCUGCAGGGUCUUCCACGUCUGUCUCCCCAUCCAGGAUGACCUGGGCCAGACGAGCGCCGUGGACCAGUUCACAUUCGUGUGUCCCAACCAGACGGUGUUCAACCAGGAGUCGCUGACCUGCACCUCCGCUGAGGACGCCUUUCCCUGCCAGCAGGCGGCCUCUCUCUACGACCUGGUCAACUCAGAGUUCGGCAGGAUCACGCAGGACGACCUCGAGUAGUCGUCAUCGCCGCUGAUGACGCGCAGCUGACCCUCUGGGACGCUACGCCACCUCUGUAGAGCUACAAGUCUCCCUGAAGACGUCUUCGGGAAGUAAAUGAUGCGACAUAGGACGCAGGGACCAGAUUCACGAAGCAGUUAUGCAAGCACUUGCGAACCUGUAUCUCAAUC